AUGCCUCAAGCGAUGGCGCUGUGGGCGAAUCGGUGGCCAGAAUGCCACCCGCCCACUGCCAGCGACUGGUCCAGCUUAGCAGCGUCCCACGGAUUUCGUAAACCGUUGUAUAUCACACCGUUUUCACAAGCUGGGAUAAGGUCCGAUCCAGUGGAGAAUCUUGCAUCAAAUGACAGCGAUUAUAGGCUACGGAUGAUAUUC